ACCACUAUACCAGGCUUCUGAUGCUUUUUUUUUUGCUUUAAAGUGAUAAAAUUGAAAUCUAUUCUAUGGAUUAUGCCUUGAAGAAGGCAAUCCCUAAGAAUUGGAUUGAAACCUUCUAGAGCUUGUGUUUUUGCUGUUUACUUCACUGGAUUAAUAUGAGUUAUUCAGUUCCAUGAGGUAUCACUACAAUGUAGCAGACGCUAGACUGCGUCAGCAUGUAGACAAGGGUAAUGAGGAUGGGUUGUUUAUUAGCUGUGUGGCUUCUUCAUCUAAUCUCUGGGCCUUGAUCAUGGAUGCGGGAACAGGUUUCAAUUCCCAGGUUUUUGAAUUAUCAGCAAUCUUCCUUCACAAGGACUGGAUUAUGGAACAGUGGGAAAAGAAUUACUAUAUCACUUCAAUAGCUGGUGCUAAUAAUGGGAGUUCAUUGGUUGUUAUGUCAAAAGGAACUCCUUAUUCCCAGCAGUCCUACAAAGUGAGUGAGUCAUUUCCUUUCAAGUGGAUAAAUAAGAAGUGGAAAGAAGGCUUUCAUGUCACGUCCAUGACAACUGCAGGAAGUCGCUGGGGUGUGGUAAUGUCCAGGAACUCUGGAUUUUCUGAGCAGGUUGUGGAGCUUGACUUUCUGUACCCAAGUGAAGGAAUACAUCGCCGAUGGGAGAGCGGCUACAGAAUAACAUCUAUGGCAGCUACUGCAGAUCAAGCUGCCUUCAUACUAAGCAUUCCAAAACGAAAAGUGAUGGAUGAAACUCAAGAAACUCUUCGCACCUCUGCCUUCCCAAGUACCCAUGUAAAGGAAAAGUGGGCGAAAAACCUCUAUAUCGCAUCGAUUUGUUAUGGGCGGACUGUUUGCUGAUUGUGGAGUGAACAUGUGAGACAUUCCAAAAGAAAUUUAAUGUUAAAAUUUUGAAAGCUUUUGAGAUAUUUUCAGACUUGUUUCAGUAUGGGAUAGCUUCAUACUGUAAGUUCAAAAAAAAAAAAAAAAAAAAAAAAAAAAAACCCAGCUCUGCUGCAUAGGGCCUGGGCAAGGUGCUGGAGAACUGGUGCCAUCUAGGCACAUGUUUUGCAACACUGCUCUUACUUUAUGAGAUCCUCGUAUUUAUGGUCUCUAGCACAAAUUCGUAUUUUUCACAUCUAGGUAUGCUUGAGAUAGGUGAUUAAGGUUUUUCUCUAGUUGUAUUGAUAAGGGAAAUUCUAAACAAGGGAAGAACUAAUAAUUUCUGGAUAUGUGAUUUAUUGCCGGCAUUAAAUUAUGUGACUGACAAUGAAAGUGAACUAAUUUGGUCAUUUAUUUCCCUGUGUAGAACAAUGAAACAUACUGAUAUGGUAACUAAGAAAGAGUGGGUGGGUGAACAUAAAUGAGAAAGGCCUAAUCAUAAUGUGACCUUUAAAUGUAUGUGUUUAUUUGGAAUAUUUUGGGAGUGGCAAUGCCAAGUAAUAAUGAAUUUGGUGCACGGAAUAUAUUAUGGGAUGAAUGAUAAGAUUGUAGGAGCGUGCUUAUUGGCUGUUUCAUUCUUAAAGAGCUAGUCCUUUGAAUUGGGUACAGAUGGAGGAUGAACACUAGAGACAAUAUUUGGUGAAUCAAAUCACUGUGACCUGUUUUGAAAUUGAAAAUUCCUUGAUGACUCCUUUGAUUGAUCAUCACUACCUGUGUUAAUUGGAAGUCCAUAAAACAUGAGAAACCUUAAAAGGAAAGCAGUAAAAAUGAAGAACCACUAGUGGACUUCAAUAGCAACUUGUUUAAGAGGUCUAAUUUGUUUUGAGUUGAUUGUUUCUGGGAAUACUGUGUUUCUCUAUUGCUUCUG